AUGUCUCUCUCAAAUAAAACAUUGGAAUCAAUUUGGAUUGAGGAAAGUCGCCCGGAAGAUAUUGCUGAAAGAUGGAUGACAAUAUCGGCUGGAUUAUUUAUGAUAUUCAGCGGAGCUUUGGGCAUAUUUUUGAACAGUGUUGUUUUUUAUCGAUUUAUUACACAGAAGAAUAUUUCGGGGUUUUAUAUUUUGUGCGCAUCGAAAACUAUUAGUAAUAAUUUGAUUCUUUUGGGUUAUGUGUUUUACAAUGGUCCUGUUGCAUUAUUGUAAGUAGAAUUUCAAGAACGCCCUUUUCUCGUAAUAAUUUCAUUUCUCGUACUUAUGACGAUAAUUUUUCAGUAACACAUACUUCGGUCCGGAUAUAAUUAACAUAAUAGUCAAUCAAUCAAUGGCCUACGGUGUGUAUGUACAAGGACCUUUGACGCAACUUUGUAUUGCUGCCAAUCGUUUUCUUGUUAUCAUACUCCCAGCACACGCGCAAAGAGAUGGUGGAAAAUGUGUAGUUUUUGUGAGUUGGACUAACUGCUGGCUAACUCCCCUGAAGCUUUUUUCAAAAAAAAAAACAUCGCAAUGUUUUUUUCAGACGGCUCUUAGCUUUUGCUGGUGCAUUUCCCUCUUCGUUUUACUAGCCGGAUUCCCGGAUAAUUGCCUAAAUCUCUUCAACAUUGAAAUCUUGACAUGGGAUAACUUGGAUCCUUGUGUCGACAUUUUAGCCGAUUCAGUUAUGUAUCUCGUAAUGUUUCUGGCAGUUUGCUCGAAUUCCUUCAACGUUAUUGUGGCCACAAAAUUGAUUUUCAACGCGACCAAUAAUCAUAUCGAUUCUUACGCCACAAAACGGCGAAAACAAACAGCUCGCAAAUUAUUCAUGCAAAAUUGUUUUCAAGAUUGGGUAUAUUUGAUUGACACGCUGAAUAGUAUGUAUGUCUACACAUGGUCUUCUGAUAUCCUUUAUCAAUUCUUUUUCACAAUGUUUUCCAAUUUAUUUGUUCACGUUGCUGAUGCGUAAGUUCACGUGAAGUUUAAGGAACUCUUUUUGUUUUCCAGUGGAAUAAUGUUACUUUUCAACUAUGAGAAGAAAAAUCAAACCGCCCACAAACACAAAUCGCCGGCGAGAUGUGACGAUUGUCGUCGCCUCAAAAGCAUCGUCAUUAUAAAAGUUUCCCAGUUUCCCAGCAUCGAAUUAGAAGAAUUCAUUUUCAAUCAAAAUGUUCUUAUUGAUAUUCCUCUUUCAAUGUGUUGUUUCUCAAACAAUUCGAGAUAAUUUCACUUUUGAUAUCAGUUUGAGAUGUGGACAACCUUUCAAUUCUCAAAUAUCAAUUCAAGAAUUGGACUCGAAUAAAUUGGAUCAAAUAGUUGCGUCAACUUCCCAAUUCACUACAGUUUCGCAGAGGAAUUUACAACUCACCGCCACAAUUUUUGGAGACGAAUUACACAGUGAUAAAUAUAAUUUUCAAUUAACUGUCAAAGAUAAUUGUUUAACAAAAGCUAUUGUUAGAAGAAUCGUCAUUUUCCAUAAUGGAAUUCCUAUUCAAAAAUCCUUCUACAAUAUCAAAAUUGAUUUGGAUUUGGAUAACUUGUCAAAUGUGAUUGCUCCAAUUGUCAAAUAUUAUCAAAAAUAA